CUGCAAAUCACAGCUCAAAUUCUAACAGACGUAAAUGUGUGGUAAAUGUGUGAAUGACCUUUUUUUUUGCAUUUUGGAAAUGUUCUUUUAGCUACUUAACAAAAUGUAUGUUCACUAACUGUCUCUGUAGCAAACCCAGAUUAAUACAUUUCUCCUGCUGCGUCUCCUCCAGUAUCACCUCCUGCGUUUGAGGGUCCACUCAUGCUUCUCCAUCAUGUUUAGAGCUCAUUCAUUCAUCAGCCUCCAUCUCUCUGCUCUAGAAUCUUGGGUGAUCCCGUUUUCCCCUCCUUCCGAUCGCACAUCCUCCUCCAUCUCAUUGCCAGAGGGGAGACACGGCCCCAUCAAUAACACUCAGCAGGUAACGACAGAGCCACUCAGAUGGAUUACGACACAUCAGCCAGUCCUGGAAUGUGACACGGGUCCGAACGUCCUGGGGUCCUGCACCGUGGCUCCCUGGCAUGCAGCUGUGGGCUGAGCUCUGAUGACAUCACAGGAGGGGCAGGUAAAAGAGAGUGACAGAGCUCCGACACCUGCAGACUACCCGCGGUAACAGCACACUGAAGCACAGCUGGAGAUAAUGAUCUUUCUGCAGAGCUCCAUUCAGCUGCUAUCUGCUAUGUGCGCUCACACCAGCGUCCUGCUUCUCAUCACCCUUGGGGCUUCAAUGCAGGAUGCUUUGGGUCUCCCACGAUGAAGCAGCCGGAAGCGGGCGCCGGUGAUGGAGCUCCGAGCCAGAGAGUGCGGACUAAACGCUGCGCCUGCAGCAGCCCGCUGGACUCUGAGUGCCACUACUUCUGCCACCUGGACAUAAUCUGGGUCAACACUCCGAGUAAGACAACGGUUUAUGGUCUAGGUGGUGCUCUGAACAGACGCCGACGGUCCCUCGGCCGCUGCACUUGUGCCAAACCCGGUGAUGGAGCCUGUACCACCUUCUGCCGUCGCAGCUUUGGAACCCUGUCUCCCAAAAUACACCAAGUCAACAUCCACAGCAUCCUCAGAGCCCUCGGCACCAGGUCCAAGAGGACUCACAACGCACUGGACUCAGACAGAGACAAAUCCCCGGAGGAGCGGAGAGAGAGCCCUCAGUAGCGAGGGCCGGAGGACGAGAGCAGCGAGCGUCUGAACAAACAACACUGAGCAGGAGGACGGAUGCUGAGAGAUGUGGCCGACGCGCCAGGGAGCAGGUGGAACGCACUGCAGUGUCCUGCAGGCACCAUCAUGGAAAGCAGGACUCUGAGAUCAGAUCUCACUGUGUGGUGGCAGGAGGUCGUGUGGUCGUGUCUGACCCACGUUCGGGGCCAGAACUGACACAGGAGGACGGACCAGAGGGAAAGAACGUGUUUAAAACAGCUCUCGAACACACAGCAGAAGCCAUGAAGACCUAGUUUUAUUUACUAUUUUAUGAUUUUGAUACGUACGUCAUGAGUGACUGAUACUGUGGAAAAAAUAUUUAGACCUAAACGGAACCUGUAUCUCUUCUUAUCUGUUAGUAUUUGUGAAUGUUUUUCAAAUAAUAAAGACACAAAC